CCGGAUGUGCGUAGUUCUUGCUUGCUUCAAGUGCAAACCUCACGUACUUCAAAUGGUUAUUUGUCUUCACUUGAGCUCUUUCACUUCUUCAUUUUACUGAGAAAAACAGCUUUACAAAAGAAACAACUAUUAAGCUAACGUGCAUGCAGUGCCACAGGAAGUUCGAAGUAGGAAGUUAGUGUGCACGAGCAGUUUUGCAGAUUUAAUCGACAAGAGGCGCUAGUUAGCUAUCUAGCUAACCAAGUCAGCUGCAAUACUUCGUAUAACAAUAUCUUCUUACCCAGGCGGUUAUAGUGUCGGGCAGCGAAAGUACGUUUCCACAGCCAGCAACAUGCCGGAAUAUCUGGAGGACCCAUCUGUUCUCACCAAAGAAAAACUCAAGAACGAGCUUUUGGCAAACAAUGUAGCUCUCCCGACCGGAGACCAGAGAAAGGAUGUUUAUGUGCAACUGUAUCUGAAAAACUUGACCGUGCAGAACAAGAAAGUCCAGACUUCAGACACCUUUUCCAGCGACGAGGAGUUGCCAGCCCCAGUAGUCUUCAUCAAAAGUCACUCCGGCAGGAAAGCCACAAGAAAAACAGACAAGCCUCGACCAGAGGACCUAGAUGUGACAGGUCUGACCAACGAGGGUCUGAAGGACGAGUUGCUGAAGUAUGGCGUCAAUGCAGGUCCCAUCGUGGCCUCGACACGUAAGUUGUAUGAGAGAAAGCUCCAGAAGCUGUUGGACAUGGGUCCUCCUGAAGCUGUGGCCCCACCAGUGGUCAUCACUAAGGUAGACAGCAACCACAACGGCAACUCUGACUCUGACCGCUACAGUGACAAGGAGGACGAGGUGACAACAGUCCCGGAGCCUGAACCUGUACCCGUCCCUGUGGUGGAGACACGUGUCAGAAGCAGAGGGAAGAUGCCAGUUCCCAUCACCACCCGAACUCGUAGCAGCCAACACAACAAGAUCUUUGAUCACUUGGAGGAGGAGGAGGAUGAUGAUGAUGAUGAUGAUGAUGAUCUUGAGGAGGAUUGGCCUGUGUUGAACAUAAAGAGACAGUCACGGAGAGCAACUCAUAGAGUUGACCAGAUGGUCCCUGCCAGCGAUGAUACUGAUGUCUCUGAACUUUCAGGUGCCGAAGUAGUUCUUCCUCCCAGAGAGGCGAAGACUAAGGCUCCUCUGCCUCUGGGGGUCCUUAUAGAUUCCAGGCCUGUCUCUAAACCCUCUUGGUUAGUGCAGGACCUAGCCCAAUCCGUGAUGCCUCUCCCUGAAGAGGAGGUCCUACCUGCCAGAGCCCAAUCUACUUCUCCCAGACUGACUGUGGUGCCUCUGAUCUGUGAGUAUGGUGGUCAUGAGCCAGUCUCUCUGCUCAACACGGCUCUCAUUGAGGAACCUGCGCAAAGUGACCGUGCUUCAGUAGGACAAAGUGUUAUUUCCCAAAGAAAAGUGACUGCGGGGGUACAACAGGAGGUGCACCCAGUCCUAGCAGCCAAACCUACCUCACUCCCUUGUUUGUCUGGUAAUGUCCCCGUUGCCUCCUUCCCCGUCAGUCCUGUGGGUUACCAUGUCUCUCACAUCAUCGCCUCACCUGCACCACUUCACGUCCGGAAGGAACAACUGGCAUCCCUGUCAUCUCUCUCUGCUCAGUUUGAUUCCCUGACCAGUCGCUUUACUAAGGUGCCCAUAACUCUUUCUGAACAGGACCAACGUGAGCCUGAAGUUGUCUCCCAGAAUAGGGAGAGACGUCAAAAAAUAAUCCCUGUCCUCUCCUCAGUUACCCCAGUGAGGGUCCAGGGCAGUGUAUCCAAUGUUUCCACAGAGCCAUGGGUGGAGAAGAUAGCAGCAGGUGAGCAGACUCCCAUUAGACUGGACGAGAAGGAUAUUCUCAAGCAAAUGUUCCCAUAUGAGUCAAACACCCCAACAGGAAUCAACGCCACCUGUCGACGUCCCAUCCGAGGUGCAGCAGGCCGACCCAUAAAGUCCAGUGACCUGUGGACAGACGAGACACUCCUCCGUUCCACCUCUAACUCCUACACAGAGAGCCGCUCCUCCACCGUCCACAGGGUAACCACCCUGCCCCCUUCCUCUAGGCCAGUAACAUCUGCAGCAUCCCCUGCUGGCAAAGCUGUAGCACCACGCCGUGGCCUGCCUGUCUGGCUGCAGCUCUUGAUGCUCAGUGCUGUGGCUGGCUUCAUCUUCUUCGUCUACCAGACCAUGGAGGCCAACCCAAUGAAUCCUUUUGGAGGAGCAGAUUCCACACAGGCCAGUGACAGUGAGGUCAGCAAGUGAGGCCUGGACAGCGGCAGUCUCAACAUAUUGUUACCGCCCUCUCAUCAUUGGUGUCCUAGACUUUUUGUUGUGCUUUUUUUUUUUUUUUUCUCCCCCAAUUGCUUUAACCCCCUUUUUUAUUUCAAUAAAUGGCCACAGCCAAUCUUGCAUAUGACACGGUCCGAUAUAAUAUAUUUGACCUCGAAGUUGACUCAAUCAGAAAGGACGAUACUUUUAUCCAUUUGUUUCUGUUAUUCCUUUCCUCCUCUCUGAACAUGUGAGGUUGAGAAAGCACCCUCAACCCUCAAUGCCUGUUAAUGAACAUGAGGUUGAGAAAGCACUCUCAACCCUCAAUGCCUGUUAAUGAACAUGUGCUGCAAUGAUAACGUUUGGACUUGCUUUGUAUGGUGAUAUUUUAAUGUGUUCUGCAUGUUGCGGAUAGUCGAAUGACUGUGCGAGUCCAAGAGAAUUUCCUGUGUGUGUGUGUGAUUGUUUCUCGCACUGUUGGCCUUAACAGUGUUUUCACUGUCAAACAAGAGAAUUUCUUGCAGAAGUUUAAAUCUAAGCAAAUACGUAUUGAUCUAACCAUGUUGUUUGUCUGACAGGGAUUCUUAAAACUCAUGUAAACAUAUAUAGGUCUUCUAUACCCAACUUUUUUUUAGAUUUACAUUGUAGCCUAGUUAAUAAUGUAUUAUUCAUUGUAAUAAAUAAUGGAACAUCCUCACAAACACACCUGCCUGUCUUACAUCCACAGUACUUUCCUUGAAGCAGUAUUUUCAAGCUUCAGUGGGGCAUCUGGGCCUUUAAAUUAUUAACAUACAAGGCUAUAUUGCAUAUCUUGUA